ACUUAUAUCUGUUUAGAGUUUGACAGAUAAAUUCCGUAACCUAUUUAGUCCGGUGAAAAUAUAAUUAUUUAAUUUUGUUUUAUGUUAUCUAGUUUUAUUAAAUAAAUAUGAAUAUCAUCCCAAGAUUACGGCCUAUUUUGCGGAACAGCAGCGCCGUUGAGAGUUUUCCUGCCAUUUUGCAAUCUAAUUAUAGAUUAAGAUUCGUUCGUUAUUAUUCUAGUAAAAAGGAUGGCUUGACUAAAAGUUCAGAGAGCACGUUUUCUACAGAUGUAAGACCAUUGGGAGAGAAAAUAGAAACUACCAAGACUGUAUCAUACACGGGUGUUAUUUUUGGUAUUGGGUGACUGGUGUUAUCUUCUUUUACGUGUUUCGAGCUGUUUUCCAGUAACAGCCCGAACAGUAUAUACUCAGAAGCUUUAGAGAGUGUAAAAACGUAAGAUCCACGAGUAGAAGAUGCUUUAGGAGCUCCAAUUAAGGGAUAUGGAGAAGAAACAACUCGUAGGAGAAGGACCCAUGUAAGCCAUGCUGUUUAUGAAAAGGAUGGAGUGAAGCAUAUGAGGAUGAGGUUCUACAUUAAGGGAAUAAGGAACAAGGGCGUUGUUGAAUUAGACAUGAAGCAGAAUGAAUAUGGCAACUACAUGUGUAGAUACUUAUUGGUGCAACUUGAUGACUUCAGUGGAAAGACAUUCAUAAUUGAAGACAACAGAGCUGAACUUGAUAGAUCCAAAUCAGACAUCGGACAACUGCCAACACUCACACUCACUCAGUGACUUCAUAAUGAACUUGUUAAGAAUAUUCCUGGUAGGAGUCGCUACUUGCUAGAGCUGUUGAUUGUAUACUACUACUUUGGAUUUUAUUCUGGGUUAAGACAAUAAAUAAUUCUUUGUAGUGUUGUGACUGAAUUAAGACAAAAAUGUAAAUUUGUAAAAAAGGAUUAAUGUAAGAAAACAAAUAGAUAAAUAGAAGCUAAA